AGUGCAUUUUAUCGGGCGCACUUUUCCAUAUCUGAUUAGAGCUGUGGGGGCUCGAACGCUCCUCGCCGGCUGAACCGCAUUCAUUAGCCGACGCUCUACCACUGGACCACGAGCGCAUGCAAUUUGUGCUCGUUUAACGGGUCAGCUAACCCCAUCAACACGCAUGCGUAAUUCAGUAAACUAUGAAUUGCUCAUGCGUGUGACGUGACGGUCCACUCUCCAAUCAUAUUUUCUUGAAACCACACCCGCCAUUGUUUAUGUCAACAUGACCGACCAAUCGGAUUAACCGGAUACCGCUUGAAAGGGAAACAUGUCAAGCGAUAAUCCCUUUCGGAUACUCCAGUCGGAAUAUACAUUCCUGAAAGAUAACCUAGAACUAAAAGAUACGAAACUCAUAGACCAUCUUUUUGAGAAGAAAGUACUCACCCCAGGACAAAUGGAAGAUUUGGGAGGUGUUUCACUAAACAGCAAGAAAAUUGAAAAACUUGUUACCUUGUUGAUGAAAAGGCCGCCUUGUGAUUUCAAACACUUCAUGGACGGACUUGAAGGGGAACAAGAUCACAUUAAGGAUCAUAUUCAAGAACGCUUGGAGAAGGCAUCUUCCGAGGAAAACAUUAUUACUGACACAGAAAUGACAGAAGACCAUGAAUCUAUGGACCAGGACACUGAUAAAGACAGUGAGUGUGACACAGAUGAAGAGGAAAGCUCUGGCAGUGAGGGCGACAGUGAGGAAGCCAGCGGUCAACCACUGAAGCGGAUAAAGGAUUUCAAGAUGGCCCCCGAUGAGCAGAAUGUGACCUUACAUGUCAAGGUCAUGAAGAUGGAACAAGUGGAGGAAAAGUCGAACCAGAAACAGUUCAUGGCCGUUGUGGCCGAUGCUACCUCAGCUGUCGAUAUUUGUGUGAGAAACGAAACACUCUUUGAUAAGUUCCAGCUGAAAGCCUGCAUUAUUCUGAGAAAUGUGACCUGGACCGGGAAGGUUUUACUCACAAAGGACUGCUCCACAGCAACCUUUGCCUCGGAGAUUCUGGUGCCAGAAAAUAUGACUGCCAUUGCAUUUGGGGAAGGAGAACCAGUGCCAAUAUCCCAGGCCCUUACUCUGCCUGAUAUGAGCUGGUUUACUUUGAGAGGGAAGGUAGUAAAGCAAUCGCCUCUCACAAGACGGAAGUUCUUUAAAAAGGUGUUGUUGUAUCGCCAAGUCAAGCUGAAGGACGACACUGGCUCCGUCUAUGUGGACACCUGGGCCAACAUUGCAGAGGACAUGAAGUUGGGCAGGGUUAUCCAGCUCGACUCCUGCAAGAAGCGACGACCGCCGAGUCCUGAUGACCCACUGGUAACCACAACGGUGAAGUCUUCUGUGAAGUAUCCACGCUCCUCAGAACUUAAACAUAUCCCGAAGGAUCAAUAUGAAAAAGGAAACCUAUUGGGAAUCGACAUCUCUCUUUACAUGUCCUGUCCAAACCCUAGAUGUUUCCAUUUCCAACUAACUGACAUGCUUUGUGAGUCUUGUCUGCGCAUGAUUCCUGUCCUGGACCAGGUGAGCUAUGCGAAGGCCAUCGUUGACAUCCGGACGCCUAAGGGAAACAUUCACUCACUGAUCGUCUACUGGCCGGAACUCUGCCAGCUGUUCCGAUUGUUUAAGAAGAAAACCCCUCCAGAAGGUAGUAAGGAGAAGAUUGUUGAGGCAUUUAAGGAUCUGGGGAACAAGACUGUCAAGUACAAGGCAUGUGGGGCUGUCAGCAAGUUUAAACUGUAGACAGACAAGGGGUGGUCGGGUAGCCUAGUGGUUAAAACGUUCGCUCGUCACGCCGAAGACCCGGGUUCGAUUCCCGACAUGGGUACAAUGUGUGAAGCCCAUUUAUGGUGUCCCCCGCCGUGAUAUUGCU